GCAAGGAGCGCUUCAACUCGCCACUUGCAGUUUCGAGAUCUGCGCCGCUGUUGCUGUCCCCUCUCCCUCUCCCCCAUCCGGCCAUCCCCUUCUUCCAGAUCCUUCCUUCCUUCCGCUCACCCACGCGGACGCCGGUGGGCUACCCCACGAUCCUUCGGGGUGCAGGGGAGCAUGCGGAAGAAGGGGCGGGCGGUGCCGGAGUGGCUCAACAGCCCAAUUUGGUCCGCGACCCCGCCUGCGCCCACCCCGCCGGACCCCUACGGCGUCGACCUCGCCCCGCCGCCGCCCCCAAAGCCGCCGCCGCCAGCUGUACCCCCGCCGCCGUCGUACGAGCAGGCCGUAGGGGUGGGUGGUGGCCGACGGGAUGAGGAUGAGUACGAGGGCGCCGGGGCGGUGAUACGGGCGCACCUGCUCUCCGACUUCAAGGCCGCGCUGUCGAAGAAGGUGGUGAACAUGGGAGAGCUGCAGCGCUUAGCCUGCCUUGGCGUUCCCGACGGCGGUGGCGGUGUCCGACCCGUUGUCUGGAAGCUUCUUUUGGGGUAUUUGCCAACUGAUCGUUCCUUAUGGGCUUAUGAGUUAGAAAAGAAGCGGAGUCAAUAUAGUGCAUACAAAGAAGAGUUUCUUCUAAAUCCUUCAGAAAAACUACGAAGGAUGGAGGAAACAAAGCUGUCGAGAAAGAAAGAGUUAAACAUUGAGAGGAUUGGCUUUCUUCCGAGAUUAGAAGUUACUAAUGAAGAGCAUCCUUUAAGCUCUGGUAAAUCUAGCUUGUGGAAUCAAUAUUUUCAGGAUUCAGAGAUACUGGAACAGAUAGACCGAGAUGUAAAGCGAACGCAUCCUGAUAUUUCCUUUUUCUCAUCAAAGUCUAACCAGGAAUCUCUGAGGAGAAUUCUAAUUAUAUUUUCAAAAUUGAACCCCAGUAUAAGAUAUGUGCAAGGGAUGAAUGAAGUUUUGGCACCUCUAUUUUAUGUAUUCAAGAAUGACCCUGACCCAAGCAGCUCAAUAGAUGGCCAUAUUCAUCAACAUACAUACCAAUUUUUGGAAAUGCAGGCGUCAGCUGAAGCAGACACGUACUUUUGCUUUGUCGAAUUGUUGAGUGGCUUUAGAGACAACUAUUGUAAGCAUCUUGACAAUAGCAGCGUGGGUAUCCGAUCUACACUUUCGAAAUUAUCACAACUAUUGAAGCGGCAUGAUGAGGAACUAUGGCGUCACAUGGAGGUCACAACAAAGGUUUACCCACAAUAUUAUGCGUUUAGAUGGAUCACACUGUUGUUGACAAUGGAGUUCAGCUUUAACGUGUGUAUACAUAUCUGGGACGCUAUCUUGGGUGAUCCAGAAGGCCCAUCGGACACAUUAAUGAGGAUAUGCUGUGCCAUGCUCAUCCUAGUCCGGAAGCGCCUCUUAGCUGGAGACUUCACUGCCAAUAUCCAGCUGCUGCAACAUUACCCAGCCACCAACAUCGAUCACCUCCUCCACAUUGCCAACCGGUUGAGAGGGACUGUAGCCGGCUAGUGAUUUGUUGCCUUUCCUGCAUACCUGUACUUCAGUUUUGUCCAUGUGACCUUGGUCUGGUUAAAUCGCUAAAUGCAAUGCUGGUAGCCUGAAAUAUCAUUGUGUUCCUUCUGUGUUCUGUUUUGCCUGUUUUGGUGUGGCUUGUCAGAAUAAUGUGGAUGAAUAUCAGGUGCGACACUGGAUGUGUCGGAGCUCUGAGUAGUGCUUCUGUUUUCA